AUGAUGAGCACGUGCGAGAAGCUUAAUGACCAGCUAGCCGAGUUGAAGUCGAAGCGAGAUAGGUGUCAAGAGCACAUUCGCAACCUCUCGGUGAAGCUCGGAGAGUUACAGUCCGACUACAAGCAGUCAGAGACGGACCUGUAUGCAUGGCAGGCCGCGAUAGACGAGUUAGAGGAGCUGGAGGACUACAUGGUCGGAGAAGAUGCGCCAGGAGCCCGUGGCUUCAGCACAUUCAUCCCGACGAUGCAGAUGGGGGUGCAGGCGAUCGGCGAAAUGAUCAAGGUACUCAUUAAGAAGCAGCAGCAGACGGACCAUCAGAUGGCCAUGUUGAUUGGCCACCUCACGGCGACCAAUGCGAGUGCGUCGGCGGAGGAGUACGAGAGGGCCAAGUCGGAGGAGGGGGCGCACGGCCAUCAGCAGCCGCCCAUCGAGGUGCAGGCCAGCCCGACGAGCAUCCCCGCGGCCCAGCCCGACAUGCCCACGCCCGUGGCGGACCCAGGCAUCGAGCCCACGGAG